AUGCUUUCAGCUUUUUUGGGCAUCAAUGGUGAUGUCACUCACCCUGAUACCACAUUCUCCUUUCUGUCUCCAGUGAUGCAUGAGUUCUUAUUGGUCGCCUCCUUUUAUCUCGACCAAUCCGUGCAGGAGAUCUCAGACGAGCGCUCAGAUUUGUACUACACAUUUUUAGCAGGGCUGUCGGACUCAAUCCAGCGUAAACCAAUUGAAGACUCUGUGGGAAAGUUCGAUGAAAAUCAGCAGCAAACUCAUAAGGAGACUUUGAGAAACUCCGUGCUGAACUCAACUCUGCCCAAUUCCCUUUUGGGAGGUCUGCCUGUGCGAGAGGUGAUCCAGAAAGGCCACUACACGGCCCUCUCAGUGUGUGCGAAUGAGGACGACCACACAAGGGUUAAGAAAGGAGAUCGGGAAGCUUUAGAGGAUGUCAUAUCUCGAGAGUUUUCUCCAGGAUCUGAAGGCCGUAGGCUGGUUCUUUAUGGUGGUGUUGGAAUGGGUAAGACUACAGCGGUAGAAAAGGUCAUUUGGGAUUGGAUGACAGGUGUGCGCCUGCAACAUUACGCCCUCCUCAUGCGAGUGCCGGUUUGGGAGCUGACCACUCUUGGAGAGAAAGCAGAGAGUUUGCAGAACAUGUUGGGCUGCAUACACACUCACAUUUCCACAGAGACUCUCGCCGUCGCUCUACAGAGCUGCGGCCUGCGUUCUUUUCUGCACAACCCCAUGCUUUCAGCUUUUUUGGGCAUCAAUGGUGAUGUCACUCACCCUGAUACCACAUUCUCCUUUCUGUCUCCAGUGAUGCAUGAGUUCUUAUUGGCCGCCUCCUUUUAUCUCGACCAAUCCGUGCAGGAGAUCUCAGACAAGCGCUCAGAUUUGUACUACACAUUUUUAGCAGGGCUGUCGGACUCAAUCCAGCGUAAACCAAUUGAAGACUCUGUGGGAAAGUUCGAUGAAAGCCGAAUAUCUGCGUUCUCUCAGUGGUUGAUGGGAAAUGUUUCUAGGGUGUUGCCAGAUGGUGAUGCAACGAAGCAUUUUCGUGUUUUUCGGCUUCUGCAACAUGCACGUAACUCAUCUCUGGUCAAAGAAAGCAUUAGUAAGAGCCAGUGGAGGCCUGUUUGGUACAGCUCCAUGCAGGAGCCUGACUGUGCUGCGCUGUCAUAUGUAGUGAGUUGUGUGGGAGAGAUGGAGCAUAUGAACCUGUACAGAGCAGAACUAACAGACGCACACGUCGAGAGGCUUAUACCAGCGUUACAGCUGUCGAAAAGCAUUGGGUGAGU